UGACGUGUCAGUUUGUUUACAGCGCUGCAGACAUGGCGGUGGAUAUAACGCUGCUGUUUAAAGCUAGCGUCAAGACGGUAAAAACAAGAAACAAGGCGAUAGGAAUAGGCUUUGACUCAACUAAAGAUGACAUUUUUAAGCGGAACAGACCGAAGAACGGCUUCUCACCGAGAGCGAAAGAAGUGAUCACGAAUAUCACCAAGCUCAAAGACUUUCUUCUGCAACAUAGGAAGGAUUAUGUGAGCGCCGGAAGUCUCAUCUCCUCGGAUCUCACUCGUAUGACAGACAGUGAACGAGAUCAGAUCGACCAGGAUGCUCAGAUCUUCAUGAGGACAUGUUCUGAAGCCAUCAAGCAGCUACGUAAUGAAGCUGAGAAAAAAGUGACAUCAGCCCAGAUAAAGGAGCACAGAGGGGUAGUUCUGGACCUGAUUGGGUCAUAUCUGAAGGGGGUGUGUAAACUGUAUUCUGAGCAGAGAGCAAUCAGAGUGAAAAGAAUGGUGGACAAGAAGAGAUUAUCAAGACUGACACCUGAACACCACAAGCGAGUGGAAAAACAACGGGAAGUAGAGCCCGCAGAAGAGAAAACUGUCAAAGAGGAAAGUUCUGAGAAAAAUGUGUCAGACGUUCCUGACAACACCGCGGAGCAUCUGUGGGAAGAGGGAGGAGUGGAGGACGAGCUCUCACCUGAGGAGAUCCAGAUGUUUGAGCAGGAAAACCAGAAACUGGUGAGUGAAAUGAACAGCCUGGUGGAUGAAGUGAGACAAAUUGAGGGGAAGGUGGUGGAGAUCUCACGACUUCAGGAGAUCUUUGCUGAGAAAGUUCUCCAGCAGGAAUCGGAGAUAAACAGCAUCCAUCAGCUGGUGGUGGGGGCUACAGAGAACGUGAAAGAAGGAAAUGAAGACAUUCGCGAGGCGAUCAAAAACAACGCAGGCUUCCGAGUGUGGAUCCUCUUCUUCCUUGUCAUGUGCUCUUUCUCUCUGCUCUUUCUGGACUGGUACGACAGCUAACACUGCAAACAGUGUGGACUCAAAGCUUGUAAUGGCGACCCAAUCACCAUCCUUCCGGCACAUUGUCAUGAUGUCAGUAGUAAUAACUGUGCUAAGAACAAUCUCUCAGCUUUGCAUGAUGAAGACGAGUGUUUCUUCAUGGAGAUUCUGGUUUCAAGAGGACACGAGAGCUUGUUCUUCAAUAAGUCAAACCCUCAGUAUUUCAUCUUUAUCCUGUGUUGUUAAACACAGGCUCCUAAAAAAAAACCCCAGUAUCAUCAGUUAAAGUGUGUGAUUGGACAGUCUAUCUUUCUCUGCCAGUAAGGAAAAUGAUAAUAAUUAUAAUAAUAAUUUGCUCAAUCUAUUUUAACCUACAAGUAUGCCUUAAUACAGAGCAGGAAUUUCUAUACACGCAGUUUUUUAGACAGCAUUUUUGAUCAUUAGACUUGUUUUAUCUUUGACUUAUUUUGGCUGCACAUUCACAACGGAAAAAUUUGAAGGUCACAGACACAACAGUUUAUUAAGACACGGCAAGAAAAACUGAUGUUGGUUUUGGUCAUGUUACUCCCUCCCCAUGAAUAGAGGUUAAAAUUGAGUUUUAUCUUUCUGAUACACCUCAAAGAACUGGUAGGAGAUGUCUUCGAAGGCCCUGCAAUAACUUUCUAAGACAUCAGUGACAUUUCCUCAUCUCCUGCACAAGAAUAAACUAUAAUCGGCUUCUUCCGGACUGAAUUCAAAUACUAGAAACAUGUUCUAAGGUCACUUAGGACAAUCUUUAACUCUUUAAUAUCACAGAUUUUAUCCAUGUUGUUAUCCAAAGGCAUAUCACCCAAAGAACAGCUCCUUCACCACACUGAAACAAGGACAAUAUAGAUGCUAAGGAUGAGUUUGGAAAAAAACCCCUGAAACAUACUUUAAAUUUGGUGAGGAACAAUCUUCCGAGAGUCAACUCUUUUGCAUAAAAGCAAGCAUACUUAAAAAAGAACACUUCUUAUAUCUAAUAAUUUGUCCUCAGACUUACGACUGAAAUAAAGCCCCACUGUUUCUGUGUAUUGUGUCCACUGAGGACAUACUUAAUUUAUCCUAAUUUAUCUCCACUGUUAAAACCACUACAAGUGUUUUGCUUUUUUUUUUUUAAAUCCAUCACAACUCAUUGUACUGAUAGACUAGGCACAAAAUGUCUAUAAUUAAAUCCUGUCUUAAAAAUC